CCCUUAUUAAUGAAAAUAACACCGAGACGAAUCCAGAUUUCCCAGCCUUUUUGUCUUUAAAAAGAACCCUCGUCUGAGUGGCUGUUGAACCGAAUGGGUGUUUUGUUGUUUUCCUCUGCGACUGAGUUAAGCAUGUAGAUCCUCUUGUGUGAACCAACACUGGUUCGGGGAUGUCCUGAGCGGGUUGUGCCUUCUCUCCGCGCUGAUGUUGCUUGAGUGGCCUUGGGCGCCUGCAGAGAAUGCCUGGAGUGCAGCGAGGAAUGUGGCUGCACCAAACCCUCCAGGGGUGUCCACUGCCCAGGCCCCCAGCACACUGACCAUACUGGUGCCCCGAAGACGCCGAUACACGCUGACACCAGCCAGGCUGCGCUGGAACCACUUCAACCUCACAUACAGGAUUCUCUCCUUUCCCCGGAACCUUUUAAACCCGGAAGAGACAAGGCAGGGACUGGCUGCCGCCUUUCGCAUGUGGAGUGAUGUUUCCCCAUUCCGCUUCCGUGAAGUGGCCCCUGAUCUUCCCAGUGACCUCCAGAUAGGUUUCUACCCAACCAACCACACCGACUGCUUGGUCUCUGCUCUGCACCACUGCUUUGAUGGUCCCACAGGGGAACUGGCCCAUGCUUUCUUCCCACCCCAUGGUGGCAUUCACUUUGAUGACAGCGAGUACUGGGUCUUAGGCCCCACACGCUACAGCUGGAAGAAAGGCGUAUGGCUCACAGACCUGGUGCACGUGGCGGCCCAUGAGAUUGGCCAUGCACUGGGGCUGAUGCACUCACAGCAACACGAAGCACUCAUGCACAUCAAUGCCACACUGCGAGGCUGGAAGGCACUGUCCCAGGAUGAGCUGUGGGGAUUACACCGACUCUACGGCUGCCUGGACCGGCUAUUUAGAUGUACAUCCUGGGCACGAAAGGGAUUUUGUGACACCCACCAGAGGCUCAUGAAGAGGCUCUGUCCCAGAAGCUGUGACUUCUGCUAUGAAUUCCCAUUCCCUACUGUGGCCACCACCACACCACCCACCAGAAUGAAAACAAGGUUAGUGAAAGAAGGGAGGAACAUGACCUUCCACUGUGGGCAGAAGAUCCUACAUAAGAAAGGCAAAGUAUACUGGUACAAGGACCAGGAGCCCCUGGAAUUCUCCUACCCUGGCUAUCUGGACCUGGGUGAGGCACAGCUGAGCAUCAUUGCCAACGCAAUCAAUGAAGGCACCUACACCUGUGUGGUGCGCCGGCACCAGCGAGUUCUCACUACCUACUCCUGGCGGGUCCGAGUGCGGAGCUGAGCCUGCCAACAGCCUCUGUGCUGGAAGUCAGCAGAUAAAGCGCUUUUCCUCUGA